AAUGCCAAUCGAGGUGGCUCAGAACCGACAGCAGUCGUUCCUGGGAACAUUCAGUGAAUGGAACGCCUAAUCCUCAAAAAUCAACAGAUUACUUGUCACCUACUUGAGCGAGAUCUGUCCGAUCCAUUCAUAAACACUUGGAUAUUACAGCAACUAGGCUAGAAGUUUUUGGCCAGUCCUGGCCUCGCUCCAAACCAUUUUACUAAAGGAGUUCCUGGGAGGCCAGCGUUUCAGCCAUGAAGCAGGCAGUCCGAUCAUGGCUCCGGAGUACUGAGAAAACGUCCUACCUUGAUGGGGUGAUGAAGGUGAUCAGAAAAAGAACCUUUUCAGGAGCGGCAAUCCUCUUAUUUCUGGCAGGAAUUCAGGCUCAAGACACUGUAACUCUUUCCUCACGAAGAAUCUGUGCAGUUACUGGAUCUAUAGUAAAUAUUCCCUGUACAUAUUCAGGCCAUUAUUAUUACAGAGAGAGAGAGUGGUAUCGAGUCCAGGACUCUGAAGGAAAAUCACAAGACCUCAGCAAAGAUCCACAAUACUCAGGACGAGUGUCUGAAAGCACAAAGUGGUCUGACUGUGGUCUAACAGUGAGGAAUGUGAGAGUGAGUGACUCUGGAGUAUAUAACUUUGGAUUUAAAAAACAGAGAAAUGACCAGAGUUCAGAUUCAUCUGGAGUUCAUUUGACUGUUACAGACUUGCAGGUCAAAGUGGAUCCUAACACUGUAGGACAGAGAGAAGUGAAAGUGACCUGUAGCUCCACCUGUAGCCUCAGCACAUCUCGUUUUUACUGGUACAAGAAUGGCAUAUACUUUAACUACACAAAUGAUGCAUCCAUUGUGCUUGACUCAACUAGUCCAUAUGAUGAAGGCAGCUAUUCCUGUACAGUGUAUGAGAGUGAACACCGGUCUCCUUCAGCGUGUGUGCUGGGUAAAGGAUGUUGGGGUGUGACUUACACUCGUAACCAUGUGUGUGCUUUGAAAGGCACAUCGAUUGAUCUCUCCUGCUCUUAUAAACAUCCUGCAGGCCUGACAGUAAUCGAAUCUGUGUGGUUCAUUACUGAGCAGGCUGAUGCUGAGCCUGUGGAUGUGAGAGAGGAUGAGGAGUAUCAGGGCCGAGUGCAGUACACACAGAGCUCCCAGACUGACUGUAGUCUGAGAAUCACUAACCUGAGAGAGACAGACGCUCAGACAUACAGAUUCAGAUUUUACACUGAUGGGGGUAAUUACACCAGUGAAUAUGGAGUCUCUCUGUCUAUCACAGAUCUCAAGGUUAAUGUACCAGACUGGGAUAGCCAGCAAAAGACGUUAAAUUGUAUCACCACCUGCACUCUGUCUAACAACCCCACUUACAUCUGGUACAAGAACGGACAGCGUGUUACUAAUCUCUACAGAUUCACUGAGUAUUACUCUGUCAGAAGCAAGAAUGCAGGCAGCUACUCCUGUGCUGUAGGUGGACACGAGGAGCUUCGCUCUCCUGCUGUCUGUGUUUUUGAAAAGAGCUGCUGGAGUGUGACUUACUCCACCCAGGCUAUCUGCGCUCUGACUGGCUCAUCAGUGGACAUGCACAGUUAUUACACCUCUCCAUAUAACAACAUCAUAAAUGUGUUCUGGUUCAUUAAAGAUCAGUUUGGUGAUGAGCCUGUGGAUAUGAGAGAGUAUGAGGAGUAUCAGGGCCGAGUGCAGUACACACAGAGCUCCCAGAAUAACUGUAGUCUGAGAAUCACUAACCUGAGAACGACAGACUCUCAAACAUACAGGUUUAGAUUCUACACUAACUGGGGAAGAUACACUGGUGAAACUGGAGUCUCUCUGUCUGUCACAGAUCUGAGAGUUAAAAUAUCAGAAUGGCAUAACUGGAAGUGGAAGAAGCUGAGUUGUACCGGCACCUGCACUCCGUCUAACAACCCCACUUACAUCUGGUACAAGAAUGGACAGCGUGUUACUAAUCAGGACAGAAAUGAACUGUACCUGCAUGACAGUGGUGCUAAUGCAAGCAGCUACUCCUGUGCCGUAAAAGGAUAUGAGGAGCUUCGCGCUCCUGCUAUCUGUGUUUAUGAUGAGAAGAGCUGCUGGAGUGUGACUUACUCCGCCCAGACAAUCUGCUCUCUAAUUGGAUCAUCAGUGGACAUACAUAGUUAUUACACCUUCCCUCAUUAUUACAAGGUCUCAAAAGUCUUCUGGUUCAUUAAACAGCAGGCCGAUGGUCAGGCUGUGGAUAUGAGCGAGGAUGAGGAGUAUCAGGGCCGAAUUCAAUACACACAGAGCUCACAGAAUAACUGUAGUCUGAGAAUCACUAACCUGAGGGAGAGAGACGCUCAGACAUACAGAUUCAGAUUCCACACUAAUUGGCAUAAAUACACUGGUGAACCUGGAAUCUCUCUAUCUGUCACAGAUUUGACUGUUACAGUCUCCGAUUGGUAUAACUGGAAGGGGAAGAAGCUGAGCUGCAUCACCACCUGCACUCUGUCUAACAAGCCCACUUACGUCUGGUACAAGAACGGAAAGCGCGUUAUUAACCAGUACAGAAGUGAACUGUAUUUUAGUAGUGGGGAUUCAGGCAGCUACUCCUGUGCUGUAAAAGGACAUGAAGGUCUUCGUUCUCCUGCUGUCUAUUCUCCCAAAAACACCAGAACUGUGGCUGUCUCCUCAGGAGAGACGGUGGAGGGGGAUUCAGUGACUCUGAGCUGUAGCAGUGAUGCUAACCCUCCUGUUCUCAACUACACCUGGUUUAAACAGAGUGUGGCUGGGGACACACUGCUGACAACAGGCCAAACGUACAGCAUCAGCAGCAUCAGCUCUCAGCACAGUGGACUGUACUACUGCACUGCUCACAACCAGCUGGGACAGCACAACUCCACACCAACACUCCUGGAUGUGUUACAUCUCCCUAAAAACACCAGAGCAGUGGUUCUUCCCUCUGGAGACACAGUGGAGGGGGAUUCAGUGACUCUGAGCUGUAGCAGUGAUGCAAACCCUCCUGUUCUCACCUACUCCUGGUUUAAGCAGAGAGCAGCUGCAGACACACUGCUGACAACAGGCCAAACGUACAGCAUCAGCAACAUCAGCUCCCAGCACAGCGGACUGUACUACUGCACUGCUCACAACAAGCUGGGACGGCACAGCUCCACACCAACAGAACUGGAUGUGUUAUAUGCUCCUCGAAUCCCGAUUGUGACUGCCAUUCCAUCCGUGUCUGGUGAUUCGGUCACACUGUUGUGCAAAAGUGAAUCCAACCCCAUAAGCUCUUACAUUUGGUACAGUAAAACAGAAGGAGGUGUGAAACUUAUUCAAAACGGCACCAAUUUAACAUUACCUUCAGGAGCGGAUGGAUUUUACUACUGUACCACAAGAAAUGAGUUAGGAUCAUCCAGUUCAUCAGACUGGGUAUAUUCAGAAGACAGAACUGCAAAAUAUGCAGGUUGUGGAAUCACUGUCGCUUUGGUUUUGUUAUUCAUGGCUGUCAUUCUGUGGGUGAGGAGAAAAACAUCUGCGGUCAGUAGCAGGAGUGACAAUAACAGCAAGACAACUUCUCCUCCCGUAUAUGGUAACGUCUCAGCCAUGCCCUCUGACCCCACACAGACAACCUCCUCAGAAGAUCAGGACAAUGUUCAGUACUCAAGCGUUUUUUUCAGACACUCCCACAUACAUGCAGCGCCUCUCUACUCGACUGUUCAGCUGCCAAAGGCUGUCAAACAAAAAGAGGAAGUAGAAUACGCCACAGUGAGCCUCGUCAAACCAAGAACUGCUGGGCAGGAUGAAAUCUACAAGAAUGUGAAGUCCAAAAACUAAGAAGAAUAGGAACUUGACCAUAAAACUGAACAUCUAAGCAAAUUUUUAUGUGUUUAAAUAAGUUUCAAGUAUUUUUACAAUGAUGAAUUAAAUGUAUUAAUUAUAUUAAUUAAAAUGUAUUUAAGUAAAUUAAAAAGUAAAACUUCUCAGACUAAACUGAGAUUACUUUAUAUAAAAAUGUGUAAGUAAAAUGUGCAGUAAAUACCUAAUAAUGUUUUCUUUGCUUUA